GUCAUAAUAUUGCGCCAGUGUCAACAAGCUGUGAACUCAAGUUGAAAGUGCUAGAUUUUCUAAAACAAUUUUGCUCUCUGAGAAGAUAUAUCUUUUAAACACAUACUCAAUUAUCAGGAGAAAGACGUUCUUUAGGAUAUUCAUUUGCCUGGUGCACCAAGAUGAGUGGUGGCUUAGCGCCCAGCAAAAGCACGGUCUACGUUUCUAAUCUUCCAUUUUCUCUGACAAAUAGUGAUCUUCACAAGCUAUUUUUGAAGUAUGGCAAAGUUGUGAAAGUUACAAUUGUCAAAGACAAAGUGACGCGGCUGAGCAAAGGACUGGCUUUCGUCCUGUUUCUCGACAAAGAGUCUGCUCAUAACUGUGUCCGUGCAGUGAACAACAAACAGUUGUUUGGAAGGACAGUGACGGCCAGUAUAGCCAUUGAUAAUGGCCGGGCAACCGAAUUUAUCCGCAGGCGAAACUAUACUGAUAAAUCCAAGUGUUACGAGUGCGGG